AUGAGUUUUUUAAAAAGUUUUCAUGAUAUAUCCAAUAAUAGAACUAUAUUAUUUAUAAUUGUAUUGCUAUCAUUAAAAUUGUGCAGUCCCCAAGACUUAAGUGAAGACUUUAAUGAGGAAAACGUAGAUUCUGAUUCAAGUAUGGUGUCAUUGAAAACUAUGAUACCUAGAAACGUGGCUGGUCCAUGUAGAUUGAGUGAACUACUGUGUGAUACUGGACAGUGCAUAUCUUUGGAUAAGUAUUGCAAUGGAGAGGAUGACUGCGGUGAUAAGAGCGAUGAACCGAAAUUAUGUACACCAUGCAACAGAACAUAUAUGGGAGACGUCGGUAGAACAUAUGAGCUUGAAGUUCGUAGACCAAGAGAAGAUCACCUUCCAUUCGUAUGCCAUCUUAACUUCACUGCAAAUGGUGGAAAUUAUGGUGACAUUAUUCAGUUAACAUUUGACACGUUCACAGUAGGCAAAUUUGUGUCAUUUACAUCAGAUGGGUGUCCAGACGGACAUAUGACUAUAGUGGAAAGAAGUCCUUCUCCACCCACAGGCCAGUGGUGUGGUUCAGCGUGGGGAUACACGGUGUAUUUUAGCGAGUCAAAUUCAAUUAAUAUGACACUCAGACUGGACAGAUUGAGUCAACAGGGUGUGGGAUACAAUUUCGACUUCAAGUUGGCAUACAAAUUUCUAAGACGAAGUGAGGCACGAUUGCGGUAUGGUAACGCGACGUUGGGGGCAUGGAGGGGGGAGAUGGUCCCUGGAACCUACUGCGACCGCAUACUUAGCGACUGCGAUUUACGCGCGUGUCGCAUACAGUCCCCAAACUUUCCUGGAGUGUAUCCUCGUAACGCGACAUGUACAUAUCGCAUUGAACAUACUAAGAUACCCGCCGAUAAACACGUUCUGUUAGCAGUGAGACAAACUAACAGCCACAAGAUACAUAUCAAAGAUCAGAUUGUGAAAUAUGAUAGAAGUCAGCGAGUGCUCAAAAUUUGGGAUCAAUGUAACGUGGUACAAGAUUAUCUUACCGUAUGGGAUGGUCCUACUCGAGACUCGCCUGUGCUAGUGCGUCUCUGUGGAGGAGAUGCUGUACCAGAUAUAGUUAGCAGAGGACCUAAUAUGCUACUAGAAUUCCAUACUUCACCUUAUGAUAAUCCAUUUCACCCAGUUCCUCUGAGUUAUCUACCAGGAUUUGAACUUGAAGUACAGGUACUCUACGUGGACAAAGAUUCCCAUUCGUACGUGAGCUCGGAUGGUCGAUGUCGAUUCGUUUUACGCUCGUCGGAUAAAACGAGUGGUGUCCUGAGGAAUCCGCGACACUCCUUACCACCGAACACUUCUUGCGUUUAUUACUUUCAAGGCCGACCCAACGAAAUUGUAUGGGUUUCGUUUGUUAAGUAUCACGCCACGGGGACGGAGCCGGCUGGCUUUGACCAACAAAAGGAUUGCUCUUCGGAACUCACUAUUUGGGAUGGAGCGGCCCCAGACGCUGACCUCGACAGGAAGUUGGAGAUGACGGAUAAGAAGUCGCUCUUAGGCUCCUUUUGCCGAGAAGAAUCACCGAGACUGUGUGAUCACGCCUUGUUGUCCAACGCCACUCGAGCUACUCGGCCAUGUGCGCCAAGCGAAAGUUACAUCACAACAGGACCAGCACUUACAAUCUUACAGGAGCUCCGUCAAGGUUCAGCGCUAUAUCCUGUCUCUUUCGUACUAAGAUACGAAUUCGUAGAUGUGAGCGAACAAGGACAACCGUUAGCGGACUCUCAAUCGGCAUGCGAUAGGGUCUUCAAGUCAGCUCUCACGUAUUCAGGGAGAUUUCAAGCACCGCGUGCUAUAUUUUACUAUGGAAGAGGUGGUUCUCAAAACCUUACGUGUGUCUUGAGAUUUGAAGCGAAACAUGGUGAAAGAAUACAACUUACAUUUACCAAUACUUAUUUCGGCAAUAAACUCUGUAGCACUCAUAAAGAUUCCCGCACUAGUCGUUGGAAAUGUGACAGACCGACGAGAAGGAUAAUUGGCGGCGAGGGUCUAGCCCAAAUUAUUAUUACCGAAUAUCCCUGGGAAGGAAUUCCAAUUCAAAGGGAUUGUUUAUGUACAAAUCGUUCCGAACCUUUGAACAUUCAUACAUUAACUGCCCCAGUUGUUGAAAUAAAUUUUACGGUGACUAUGAUGAAUAUAACAGAAGAUUAUGACGACUUUGCUUUCGAAGGCGAAUACAAAUUUGUUCCAAUUGGUCCAGGAGAUGACACAGUUUGUUCUACUGGUUGGGGUAAUAGACGACUGAGAGGUAGCAGUGGAGAAAUCAGGUUGUUUGAUAAGAGAGAGGCUUCUAUUGCUUCUGAGAUUGUUGGUGAUAGAAAUGUUAUUUCUGAGAGCGUUAGAGCUGAAGUAGCAUGUGUCCAUAGACCAUGGCUUAUUGAACCCGGAGGGGAUGGUGUUACACCUGUACAGGGUCGAUAUUUGUAUGUCAAAAUCCCUGGGUAUGAUAUUAAUUCUGCUUCGCCAUUUUGUCCCACUCCCAACCGCUUGUUUAUAUAUGAAGCCCGUGAUACGUCUUUAUUUCGAGAAAUAUGUCCUGACAUUGCUAGCACAAUUGAAUUAUAUUCUCCUGGGUGGAAAUCAUCACAAACAACUAUAGAAUCAUCCUUAAAACCACAUGCUAAAAGUUAUGUAAUUGACUUUCUCCAACAUGAACAAGCAGAUUAUUCUAUUAAAUGGAUAGAAAUAAUGAAAAAACCUUCAAUCGAGCAUGAUCCAGAAUCAAAUAUAUUGCCUGCGUCUGCAACUCUCGACUGUAAAUAUAACUGUCCAGAAUUAAACGCGUGUAUUCCUCUAACGCUGUGGUGUGACGGUAGUGCUCAUUGUCCCUCUGGAUAUGAUGAAGAUGAUUCCAAUUGUUCUUUUAAAUUAUCCUUACCUACGCCCUACGUAGCUGCAGUCGCGGGUAUUGGUCUUCUUAUAUGUGCAAUUGCUAUCGCCCUUUGUGCAUGUAAGAGAAGAAAAAGAAAAGAUAAAGAAUUCAAAGCCAGAUUAGAUGGUGCCUUACCACCAGAGGAAAGACCUUAUGAUCGUGCUAAAGUUAAUGGCGUUCAAGAAAAUGCAAGACAGCCAUAUGCUACAGUGCAAAAAUAUGCAACAAUAGAUAAAUACAGUUUAAGCCAAAAGUAUAGUGCUGGUUUAAAUGAUGCCAGAUACUAUGAUGAAGUGGCACAAAAAGAUAAGCUAGAUACUAGAUAUGCUAGUUUAGGUCGAGCUGGUCGUGGUAUUCGAAUGGAAAAUAAUAGAGGUAACGGUUCAAGAAGACCUAUGCCAGAUUUAAGCUAUCCCGAUUUGAAAGACGGUUUUUGU